AUGAACACAACGAAGUCUACAGGAAGACUCCAUGAGUGCAUAUACAAGUACUUUACUAGCAUGGUUAACUCCUAUAGUGAUGUAAAGGAAUACGUAAAAAAGCAAGACGAACUGUACAAGGAAUACGACAGCACAUCAGAAGAACUCCCUCCACAGGUAAGACCGGAUGAGGUUGACGACAGAACCAUAACCACGGAUGCAACGGAUGCACAAGUUGCCAGAACCACAACCAUGGAUGCAAUGGAUGCACAAGUUGCAUCUGCAAGUCCCAUAAGGUGCUAUGAAGGAAUUUUCGGAAGUGAGCUUAAGAAGAUAGAAGUUGACCCG